ACCAAAAAAGCGAGUUACAUGGAAGUGAAAAUUAAGAGAUCAUUUCCUUUCAAUGAAGAUUUUGUCGCAAACAAUAAAGUGAAAAAAUUAAAAAUACAUAAUCAAAUAUCAAGCGAUAUCAUUGACAUGUCUGGACAUAAUUUUAUAAAACAUUCCACAGUACAAUCCUUAGAAACACUGAAACGUAUUUCACUUGCUGAAAGAAUGGUGCCAAUGAAUAUUGAAGCUUAUGUGGGGCAAAAACAAAUCAUUGGCCCAGACACAGUUUUAAAUUAUUUAUUAGAGAAGGGAGAGAUUCCUAGCAUGAUAUUCUGGGGUCCACCUGGAUGUGGAAAGACAUCCUUGGCGAAUAUAAUAGCAUGUUUAAGCAGAAAAUUAACAAGUAACAAGGUGCACAUUGUGAAUCUAUCUGCAGCCAGUUCUGGUGUAAAAAAUAUAAAGGAUGCUGUUACCGUAGCAAAGGACAAAUCAAAAUUUGGAUGCAAGACCAUUGUUUUUAUGGAUGAAAUUCAUUGUUUCAAUAAACUUCAGCAAGAUAUAUUUCUGCCACACGUAGAGACAGGAAUAUUUACUUUAAUUGGUUGUACCACUGAAAAUCCAUUUUACAGUUUAAAUCCAGCUCUACUAAGUCGCUGCCGCAUGUUUGUGUUAAAUAAAUUAACAGAGUGCAAUGUAACAGAAAUUCUUCAUAAGGCAUUAGAAUAUAUAAAUGGAAAGAUGCUUGAUGUACGAGAAAAAGAACAGAUAAACAAUAGAGAGCAGAUUAAAUUCCAUUCCAAUACAAAACUUAAAUAUCAUGUUGAUAAUAAUACAAUACAAUGGUUAGCAGGAGCAUGCGAUGGUGAUGCACGUGUAGCCCUGAAUGCUCUAGAAUUAGCAACGCUUGCGAGGCAAGUAGAUGGAUCAAAAACAUCAUGCAAUAAUGAUAUAAUAAUAACUCUGGAAGAUAUUAAAAAAGGUUUAAUAAAAACACACACGCUUUCUGAAAAAGAAGCCAAUCAGAGCCAUCACAUAUAUUCCGCACUUCAUAAAUCGAUAAGAGCUGGUAAGACAAAUGCUUCUCUGUAUUGGUUGGCCAGAAUUAUGGCAGCUAAGGAAGAUCCGGUAAAUAUUGCAAGACGAUUAGUUAGAAUUUCUAGUGAAGACAUUGGUUUGGCAGAUCCAGAUGCUUUAGGUGUAGCUGUUCAUACAAUGCAUGGCUGUCAAAUGAUUGGUAUGCCAGAAUGUGACGUACUUUUGGGACAAUGCACAGUUUACUUAGCGAAAGCACCCAAGUCUCGAUUAAUAUAUAAUGCAUUAAAAGCAGCUGAAAAGAUGAUUUUGGAAUAUGAAGGUCCUCAACCGGCUGUGCCAUUACACAUGAGAUACAAUUCGGACAGAAAGCUAUAA